UACACAUACCACAGUCAAGUAUUACAAAAGAAAACCAAGAUGGCCCCUGCUUUGCUCAUCGUGAAAUAAUUAAACAAGAAGAUAGACAAGAGUUGGAGAAAAAAUUGUGUUUUGUUGCUUUUAAAGAAAAGUCACUUAACACUUUGUUAGAUACAUUUGUGAAAAAAGUGAAGUUCAUUUAAAGAUGAAAAACAUGUUUUAACCUCUAUUAAAAACUUUAUCUUUGCUGCUACCGUAACCAAUACGGAAUGAAGUAAUCUUCGUGUUUGACCAAAUCUAACACACCAUAAUUGCUUUUUGUUUUAUCAACUUUAAAAUUUCAUAGUAUUCAUUCGAGUAAAAGCAAAGUUAUACGAAAAAAAUUGGCAGUGAAUGGACUUGGAAAAGUAUUGCUACGAAAUGUUUGUGGCAGUACAGAAAAUAGCUUAAAAGUAAAACCAAACAUUACCUACAUGUGAAAUUAAAAAAUGAUACGCUUCCUCAAUGAUGAACACGGACAGUCGGAUGUAAUGGCUGAACACAGCAAUCUGCGAGAGAUUACCAAGGUGCAGUCCUUAUGCAGUCUACGAGAAAAUAUUUCUACUUCUAACAGCAAACGACCAGCAUCACCAGCUAAAAGUUAUGCACUGAAAGUUCCAGAUAUCCAAAGUGAACGAAGGACCUCGCACCGUCUUUUGUCUACAAAUCGUUCUGAUAUUGUUGAUGCUACAACCUCCCCACGUUUGAUCAAUCGACGGGAUAUGCACGGUUUUGAGAGCAGUGAAAGAAGAAUGUCGGCAGUAAAAGACUCUUCUAAUACUAGUAUCAUUUGUCGCUUGCCGUUGAACCGAUUAGAGUCAAUAAUAGGAUCGUUAAAAAAUAUGAAAAAAAGAUCUGAUCAUAUGGCUACUACUUUGAUAGAUAUAGACUCGAUUCCAGAAGAACCGGAUCAAAUCAAUAGCUUUGCAGUAGGUUUGGACAACGUAAAGGAUGUGCCAUCUACGAACAAUAUCGCGUACAAAGUGUUAUGCUUGUAUUGUGAUCGAAGUUUUAGUAACCAUAAACUGAUGAUCAAGCACACGGACCGGAUUCAUCGAAUAGCAAAAGAACGACGAAGUAGUGCCCGUGUACUAUCAACAUUAGCGAAUGGAUCAGACGUUUCGACUUGUUGCAAUUUUUGCCAUAAAAGUAAGGCGUUAAACCUGAUAUCAGACGAUCUACAAACAUUAUUUAAACAUCUAAUAUCAGCUCAUUCAGACCGCUAUUUUGCGUGUGAGCGUUGUACUAUGCGUUUUCCGAAUGAUGCUGCACGAGACGCGCACAUGGAUGCUUUCCAUCCAUCUUCCACCACUAGGCGUCCAAAAUCAAAAGCUGCUCUUAAAGCUUUCAGUCAUACCCAAAACAGUACUUCUCAACAUUCACAACAACUUGUCACGAAUGCUCUUAACAUUAAAAUGCAUAAAACAGGUGUGUACAGUGAAAUUAAUGAUCAGGUCGAGUUUAACUCGGUUCGUCAAUCAGUAUCCAGUAGCCUGUCAAACAGCAACAUUAAAUCAGAAUUAGCAGCUCAAAACAUUUGUCUGCGAUCUUCGCUACGUAAUUCUACGGCUCCUUCACCACAAAAGGUUACCGAUAGUAACAAAUCAAAGACAAAGGCCUUCAAAAAGUCGGAACGUUUACUAAGACGAAAUUCUGAACCCAUGCUUCUUUCUCGAUUGGGUAUCACACAGCAUAGAUUACCACGCCAAAGCCGUCGUCUUAUGGCUGCAGCCUCAUCGUCUGCCAAUGUCACACUUUUAUCAUCUGCUACUUCAUCAACAUCUACGACACAAUCAAUACAUUCUACAACAGUUCCAGCAUGUGCAAAAUUUGCAACAAAAAAAAAGAGUCUGGGAACGGCAAAUGAAGAAGGGCAGUCGUUCCAGAAUUGCUACAAUAAAAUAAUAAAAUUGAAAACGAUUCGUUCCUCGUUGACCGCCAAUUCCGUAGUUUGCGAUCCUUCGAUGACUGAAACUACGGAAACGAAUAAGACAUUAGCAAAGGGAUCAGAUGUUGCAGCCCUCGCGAAUAUUGUUGUUUUAAACACCGGAUCAUCUAGUGAUGUGUCGGUUGGAAUUUUUACCCGUGGUACAAAUAGUAGUGUUUUUGUGAGCAAUAAUGAUUGGGGAAACAUUACAGCAAGUACAGGAAGUAAUUCGUGUAACGGGAACAACUUAUUGCAAGUCAACAAUAGUGGCGUUUUUGACGAAGAUUUCUACGAUAAUGUUACCCGAAAUGUGAAAAAUAAUCUUUGUUGCCAUUUAGAUGGUAAAUUAGAAGCUCUAACUCCCAAUGCGCCUUGCCCGACGAGUCCAGUUGCUGUUAUACCAACUGUGAGAUCAACAGUUGUCAAGAGUCCAGUAUCAAGCGAUAGUAAAAUUCAUGAGGCAACAAACCUACCGGCUAUCUCAGCCAUGUUUCCUACUUUGUUAACGGCAGAACAGUAUGGUCCGGAACCGAGACAAACGACGACUAACUCAUCCAUAAUAUCUUUAUCGUCGGCUUCGUCAGUGAAAACAAAGAAACCAGUCACAAAGAAUUCCUGGAAGUGGAAAUGGGACUUUGUUAAGAAAUACACCUACGUCAAUGAAAAUGGGCGAAUCGUAAAAAAAAUCAAGCAGCCUACAAUAGGAUUGCGCGAUCUCUCAAAGCUUGACAUGUGGACUCAAUUGACCAUGCGUACGAAACAUGAGCUAUUUCAGCAUCAACGAUCGAGUGAUAGUCGAAAUCAGUUUCAAUUAUCGAAAACAAAAUUUGGGAUAUCUGACGAAGGACAUUCGAUAACAGUAGCGGAUGUUGGGGCUAUUUUGCGGGACGAAAAAAGAGCAAUGGUCGAACAAUUGGAUUGCCUAUUGGAUGCACGAUUAUUACCGCAAAUAGAUUUAGAACAGAAUGAACAGCGAAUAAUAAAAAUUGAACCAAUAGAUCAAGACAAAACGACAGAAGAAACUUGUUUUGUAGACGAUCAACUUCCUAAUGACACUGUAUCGCGAGAAGAAAGUUCAUCGCUUGUACCUUGGACGGAUAAGAAAAACUCCAGUGAAGAAUCCAAAAGUUUAGAUUUUCUGCAAAAUCUGCAGCUCAUGCAGCUUAACAGUAAUGAUCUACAAACACGUGUCGUGUUAAGUGGAGAAUGGGCUCGACCAAGAUGUUACAUUUGUUAUGGUUGUGGUGCAAAGUUUAAUUCUCUUAAACAAGUAGAAGAGCAUCGUAUUUUUCGACAUCCUCAUGUACAUUCCACCUUUUAUGAGAUAGUCGGAAGAGAACUCAUUGAAAAGAGAUUGUACAAGCAUUUUUUCGUUCCUUUUAUGGCACUGGCCAUGCAUCAUUUAUACUUUGUGCGACUGAGCAAUAGCGAAUUAUUUUUGAAUAGUUCUAUGUUCGGCUCGAAUUCUCAACACAAAGGGGAGUAUAGAAUAAACAAUCCUGCCGAAAUUAAGAACGAAGAUUCCUCGUCGAAUGAAGCUACCUCGUUUUCCACAUCAACAAUCGCAUCGUCUUCUUCAUAUCGUUACUCAACGAAUAGUUCAGUGGUCACUCUGAUGGAUAAUUGUUCGAACGGUACGAAUACGCUUACAACAUUUAACGAUUUGGCAAAUCAUGAUGUUCUUGAAAAUGAAGGAAUCGGUAUUCGCUCAGCGACUUGCAGUAAAUGUCAAAAGGAAUGUCAGAAUCAAAUAGUGUUGUAUGCACAUAUACUCCACUGUUCCAAUGAUUACGUUUGGCUACAAGCGAAAAAACGGAUGAAAUAUCGUCGUGCUAAACGGAGAAGAGGUGGCAAUAGAAGCGGCGGAAAUUGUGCAUCGUCUAUGUUAACAGUGCCGCGAAUAGCCCAACAUCAUCAGAAUGCUGUGGGAAAAGAGGAAUCAGCAGUAGUCGCUCCGCUACCUUCUUUAGUGGAUGAAAAGAGUAUUUUGAGCGUAGGUGCAGUAUCUAGAACUAUCAUCAUCGGCAGUAAAGACAGCUGCUCUAAUAGCAGUUGUAGUAUCAGCGGUAGCAGUUAUAAGAACAGCAAUACAAGUACCAGUAGCAUUAGCAGUGUUGGUUCCGUGAUCGAUAAUGAAAUUUCCACAUCGAAUGGAUCACAAAAAUAUAACAAGUCACCUAAACGAAAAGAAAACGAUAGUAAGUAGUUAAAAAAUAUUGUGUUUUGCUACCAUUGCACGUUAUUCAAGGAUUUUCAUAAUAUCACGUGUUAUUGUAAAAAACUGAUAUAUUUUUCAAUUCUUCCAGGUGACAUAGUGAAAAGGCUACUUGCAAAUCUUCCAGCAAAACGGAUUUCCCGACAGAUAAAUUUGCAAACAACGAAACAAAUCAGCAAACGAUCUAUGACACCAGCAAAAAAGUUUUGUUCUGAAGCAAUGGUAGUAACUCCAAAGGUAAAAGGCCAAGGCGAACUUGAGAAAAAUGAUGCUGUAGUAAAACAUCCAUCAGAAGUUUGUGGUGAGCAUGUAGCUGUUCAAUCUACUGCAUUGAAAAAUGUUGCAGUCACGAAUGGUAAUAGUAUUGGUGGCAUUAAAAAAAUAACAUCUUCAAUUUCUUUAUCAAAACGGGAAAAAGUCUCUACAAAAUUGAGAUCUAAGCAAAGUGCGGCUGUACUGCCUUCUAUGAACAACACAAUGCAUGUCUCGACUAAACAAACACAACAAAGUAUGCGCAAAAAAAAUAAUACUAUGUUUCAACCUACUUUAGGUGUAGCGAAUCAUAAAAGAAAUUCAAAACAUUUUUCAAAUCGCGAAGAAAACUCAGUUAAAUUGAAAGGAAAAAAAAUGGAAAAGGUUAAUCGUGUAGGGCUAAUCAAUAAGAAUAGAAUGAUGUUGUGGAAACAAAGCCAGCGUCAAAUUAUUAGAUUAACCACUUCCAACGGCCACCAUCGAAUACUGCGUAGUACUGGGAAACGUUUGCUACCGGUAUCGAUAUCAAUAUGCAAUCGUGAGCAUUCCUUGCGAUUAGGCAGGAUGAAUAACGAGAUUAACAAAAACAGCAUUUUGAAUGAAAAUUCGUUGAAAAGUAAAGACGAAGCAUUGGAUGAAAAUGGAUUUGUAAUUUUGGAUGAUCCAGGAAAAGAAGCAAAAGUAUGCAAAAAUAGUACUGAAAAAAAUAUUUUUAAUAACAUGGAAACAAUGUCAAAAAAAGCUUCAAUAGAAAAAAAUAGAUCCUCUAAUCAGAACAAUGAUAUAGACAAAAAAGUAGACCAGUCUAUUAAAAUUAACGAACGAGUUCCAACUGUUGAAACGAUUGAAUAUGAAAACUCUUUGAAUAUUCCAUGCAAUCCAUUGCAAGUAACGCCAACUCAACCGAUUAAACCCCAACACUUGAAAGAUCCUCCAUCCACACCCAUUAAAAAUAAUGACAUCAUUACCUUUUCACAAAUCAUAAUCCCAGAGACGUUGUCCUCAGUUGCAACAGUUUUAGAACCUAGCAAACCAUUGACUACACAAUUAGGUAAUCAACCAAUGGUAUGCAAAAGCAAGAAGAAAAAAUUAAACGAUUGUAUUGCGAUGCUUACGGGAAAACUUUCAGAACGGUUAGGAGUCGAUUUUUUCAACAAUGAAAACGAUGUUAUUAAUAGCGUUGAAACACCGCAAAACAAACUGAAGGAUUCUUUAUCUCUUUUAAAUCUUGUCCAACCAAUCAAAUCAAAUACUUCUACAAUAGUUUCUGAUGAAUUCGUAAACAAACCGAAGGGGGCUGAAAGUUGCCAGACAAAGACACAAUAUUCUUCAAUAUGCUCAUCGCUUCCAGUGGCUGCAAAUGAUAUUACCAUUAAUUCUCCAAUGUUGUCUAACAGUAAUAUCCCAGCCAUGAUUUCAUUACACUCAAAAAAUCAUCAUAACCAUGUAAAAUAUGAUGAUGUGGGAUCCCUAUCGCAUAUGCUACCCCCAGCGAUGUCACUGGAACAGUCUGUGUUGAAUUUAGCAGAAGAACACAUAUCUGACGAACCCUUGAAUUUGUCCAAAUACGGUCUUGUUGAACGGGUGAAUAAGGCACAUACAAAAGAUUAUAGUAACAUUUUGAAUAUGACAGUGCCGCAGUCUGAACAUGAAUCUUUGAUUUCAUCAAAUUCUACUUCGACAGCACUCCAAACUAAUCAUUUAAAACAAGUAAUUGCAUCGUGUUCCCAAAAUACAAAUCGCUCGAUUGAAAUUACGGCAAAUAUGUAUCCACAAAAUGUGAGUAAAUUAAAGGUGGUGCCACCUACAAUGUUAGAUACCGUCAAUACCAUACCAUCUAAUGUAGGUGGUGGUAAUAUACCAUCGUUAAAACUACCACCAGGGCUAAUAAUCGAGAGAGUGGAAUAUAAACAAGCACGUCCAAUCAUCACUAAGGAAGCUCCGUCUGUGACAAUUGUAGCACGUCAACGUACGGUACCGGUUCAACCGAUGAUGUCGGAAAAUAGUGCUACUGAUUUAACAAUCGAACCUUUGAAAUCUGUAACGCAAGGUUCAAAUUUCAAUACCACCUCCAGCAAUCUCACUCAUUUUACGAAGUCUUUGCCCAACCGUAGUUCAUUUGUUCAAUAUAAAUCUGAUUCAAAUCACUUGAAAGUCACAGGUAAAUAUACUGUUGCAAAUAUUAUUCCACGACGGUCUGAAUUAACUAAAGACCAUUUAGUGCCGACUUGUAACACCUCAGAUUCGAUAUCUGGUGGAGGAUGCGAAGAAAAUCAUAUAUCUGUUACUAUUACUGAAUCGAAUACACCUUAUCAUGAGCGAAUUUCUGAUACUGCAAAUCUGCAAGAAACCGUUGAUUUGAGUCCUGAUCAUAAUCAAGUGGUUUCAUCAGGUUGUUUGCCUUCACGAAAAGCAUUGAUAAAUUUGACGACCAAAUCACCAAAUCCACCUUGUAAAUCAUCAUCAAUUGCACUAUCACCGCUGCAUACAACAUCAAUUAGCGGAAUCGGGCAUAUGGUUGGAUCAGUGGAAAAAAUAACUCAGGCUGUUCCAACACUAAUUAUACCGCAAGUCCCUAUGCCAUCGCUUAGUCAGGCAGCACAUCCGACAAAGCGCGCUCGUCGUAAAAGCGUGUUUGUACCAUUGCCUGUACCAUCCGUAGAACCUAAACGCGAUGCUAUGACUAAAUAUUUGAUCCAUUCACAUCCAUCUGCAAUUACUGCAGCCUCAUCAGCAAUAUCCAAUAACGCUAAUUUGUUAUCGUCUAUGUCGUUAUCCUUUGUUACGCCUGGUUUAUUGCCAGUAACGACAACACCAAUGUUAGAGCCUUUCAAUGCCCAGCGACUUGCUUCUAUUAAACUUCCAGCUCAUCUUCAACCUCCAGUGAUACCACCGUUGAAAAUACCAGAUACGGCAGCAUCCUCUACAGCUUUGUUGGAAAAAAUUUUUCAACCUACACACAGUGAAGUAUUAUCAACUGGACUAGAGUUGAAAAAAGAUUCACAGUGUGUGAAUACGAAACAGUUAUCCUUACAACCCUCUCCAAUGCAUACAAAAGAUUACAACAAAACUGUCGAGGAAAAUUCGAAUUUUAUUUCUUUUCCAAUGCCUACAAAUUCAAACAUAAAUGGCUUGUCAAAACAGUUUGAACAAGUGUCCAAAACAAACACUGCAUUAUGUAUGAGAACUGAAGAAACAAGAUCAUCAAAUAUGGCUAUUAAAUCAAAUGCUUCGUCUGGAAUGAGUAAAAGCGGUGGUCGCAUAAUGAAACGUAGAGCGUCUGUAGCUGAUUUGCAAAGAAAAGCGCUGAUGGAACAAAUUUGGAAUCAGUCAAUUUUGGAUAAAAUGAUGCAUGAAAAAGACACACGAUUUGUAAGUGAAAAAGAAAAUGAACAGGAAGUAGUUAAAAUGCAAAAUCCUCCAAUUGGUACUGUGAUAGAAAAAUCAAAUAAUUUGAAAAUUUUAGAUGAACAAAUGAACCUUACAAUCGGUGAAAGUACUACAAUUCCACAGAUUAAUCUAAACAAUCCUUCCAACUCUGCUAGCGGGUCAAAUCCCAAAAAAAAGGAGAACCAAACUAUAAAAGAAGCAUGCUCGCUCGAAAACGAUAUUUUAUCAAAAACAAAUGUUAUUGCACCGGUAAAACAUUGCAAAACAAUAGCGAAUCAGAGUAUCGAGAUUUAUCAUCAGCUGCAGAGUAGUACAGUUAUUACACCAACAAUGGUACAGGAAGAACGAAAAGAAAUAACUAAAAUGCCCCAAAACACACACAUAGACUACAAUCAACAAACUAACCACAUAGAACAAGAAAAACAGAACUCGUCGAUACAAUCUGGCUGUACGUUAAAACAUUCGCAACCAACUGUUGACAAAGAGCAAUGCGUAUUAUUGACUAAUGAGAUAGAACCAGCUGUUCUUACACCAUCGAUAAAGGAUGCUAGCAAUAUUAGGUCUAUUGACGGGGUCAAAGAAACGCAGGAAGAGAUUUCUGUUGAUGCAUUUGUCAGCCAGGUAAAAGCAUCUCCGACCAAAAUUAUACGAAAACGUCGAAAAAAUGAACUAGCAUCAAUACUCUCAGACCAGUUGUUGGAAAGCUUUAAAGAAGUUGAUAAAUCGAGAUUGGAUGAUCUUAAGCUGUUGCAUGAUUUAACCUGCGAAACGCCAGAUGUGAAAUUUUCUCUUGAACAAAUCCCCCAAUUAGCUAAGCGUAAAUCAAACCCCCGAAUGCCAGACUUGUUAAUUCAUGAUUCAUCGAAAACAGUAACUUCAUCAAGCACUGCACCAAAGAAAGUUUGCUCUUCUAAACGACUGACUAAAGACAAAGAACUAACGAGAUCAGAAUUAUCUGUAAAAGAAGCGAAUAAUAAAUCCACGAAUGAAAUAUCUACCAGCAUUACAACCUCAUCCAGUAAGGUUAAAGGCACCCAGACAAAAGAAGGAAGUCCAGACUUAAUCGCAAACAAUUAUGAAUCUUUAAAAUAUUCCUCUACUGAUAUAAAGUGUUUGGCAAACUUCAGCUCGAAAGCAAACGAAAAAAAUACGACAAAUGAACGUUGUGCACAAUUCAACAUCGAAAAAAACACAUUGGCCGAACAGUUGGCAGGUAGUAAGACAACUCGGUCAAAAACACAAUAUUCAUGUAAUUCGACGAAAACGGUCGCAGCCUGCUUACAAAAUAAAAAAACAGAGAAAAUCCAAGGUUGUAAAACAACAACACCAAAAUAUCAUAAACCAAUUGAUUCAGUAAUUGGAAAAGCUCGUGCUGGAGACAACAACAGCCUUCUUAAAGACAAUUUGGAUACCAGUACUACAAAUUUAAUAGCAAAUGACCCAAAAAGAAUUAUGUCUCGUCGGAAAUCGAUUUUUGUUGACUGCGACUUGUCUCAGUACGUUGAGAAAGAAGAGUGGAAAAACAAAAUAAAAUCAAGCAACUCGUCUAUUAAAGAUGAUAUUAUGUUGACAUCUCGGCCAGGUACACGUAGCCAAGGCCAGUUGGGUCUAGAUUUAGUGCAGAGCUUCGUUGAAGCAACAAUGAAACCACGUGAUCCUCGUAGACGGAUUUUACAGCAACGUCGCGAGGAAGAUUUUUGUCCGGUUAAAUCCGAUGGAACAAAACUAAGCAUACCCAAACAAGUGAAAAUUGCUGGAAAAAAUAUUACGGAGCAAGAAGAAAACAUGGUUAAAUUAACAGACGAAUAUGGUGCUGUCGAUGUCAUACCAAAAGAUAUUGACAAAAAGCAGACUCCAGUAGCUGAAGUAAUAGAAAAAAAUGCUCCUUUGCGAAGAAUCAGUGCUCGGAGGGCUUCUUUAUGUGUACGAUCAACUAUGAGUUUGAUAAGUUCUCAAGAAAAGUAUAGUAUAGUCGCCCCUCCGGUGGAAGUAACAUCUAAGGAAGACGAGCACCUGCAUGAUAUCGGAAAUGAAGUAAAACGUAUUUACAAACGUCGAGCUUCAAUUUAUCAGAUACCAAAUGAAUUCCAAGAACAUGGAUUGGGUAACUCGGAGGAACUGAACCCUCGAAAAUCGACAUUGCACAGGGAGGAAAAUACUUUGAAGAAAAAAGAUAUUUCAUCGAAUAAAUCCAGCAACCGCCGCUCUAAAACUCCAGUACCAACAGAUUGGAAGCGUCGCAAUCAGCUCCCGUUAAAUGGCACCUCGGAACCGCUAAUUGAAUCUUUACUGCAGUUCGCACCCAGUAUUGAAUCCAGCACUCCAAAACGAAGAACAACGAAAAAUAGUCAGAUCGCAGAAACUGUUUCAAAACUUUUUAACAUUCAGGAGGAAAUUAUGUUAAUAGAUAGUUCUAGGCGGAAACCUAGAAAAGUAAAUUCUUCAACAGUACCCUCUAACAAUACAUCAAUAAUGUCUUCAAACCAGGAAUCAUGCCAAAAGACAAUAGAUAGGACAAAUUUUAACGCAUUCGAAAAUCAAAAGAGCGAAACAAUGUCUUUGUAUGAUACUUCAGCAGUACCAUCAACUCAGAAGCCAACAAAAUCAUCUUCAUUUUCCAAUGAUAAGGACGAAUCACCAAAAGGUAUAAAGAAGAUAGUGGAAAAUACAAUCAUCAACACGACAAACUCAUCAAGCGGUUCAACUGAUUACUCUGAUGAUGAUAACAUGUCUCUUGCUUGCUUUGCGGCUCGUAGUAAUGCUGUUCAACAUCAAUCGACAGAUAUGUUUGCUAAACCUUCUAAAAGUAUACAACUGUGUAUUACAGGACGUGCUACGUCAGUGAUAGCCGAUGAUGAAAGUACAACGAAUACUGAAGCCUUUGAUGAAGACAUCAUGAGUGUUUCUACUGAAAUUCCCACAGUAACUAACACAUCAAGAUUGGGCAAUCGUGGUGUAAGAAGCAAACGGCGAAAGUCACAAAAACAUUCAACUAGCAAGAUUAAACGCCAACAAGUAAAGUCACAAAUGCAAAAUAGCAAACCAAUUCAAUCUUUCAAUUGUGAACUUUGCCGAAAAGUAUUCAAAAAACAAGACGCAUAUAAUAAACACCGCAUGACGUUGUCACACAUCGCAAAGCUAUCAGAACAAGAAUAUCUAGUGGCUCAACAAAAUCAGGGACCAGAUCAUUCUUUGCACCUGGCCAACGAUAAUUUGCUGCACGACCCAAAAACAAACCAAGGAAACCUUAUUACAAAAGAAACAAUUGAAUUAAAUGAAAAACUAUUGGAAAUCCCUGCGGUGCCGACGGCUGCCCCCACAACUUUAUCAACAAUGCCAUCAUUAGCAAAAACCUUGAUAGAGAAAAUCAAAGAUCACACUGAAAAACCUGUAAAAGAACUCAGUCAAGAAGAAAAACUGUUCUACGAAUGUUGUUCAAUGCUAAAGGAGUCUAAUUCGAAUGAAAAUGAUAAGUUAAAAAGUGUAACCACCAUGUCCUUGAAAUCAAAUGAAGCGAAUCUUUCGGAUAUGUCAAGCAUAAUUCACAUAAAUGAAGUAAAUAAUACAUCAACUCCUGUUCUUUCUACUAAUUUAGCAUCAUCCAUGGAGCAGAAUCCGAUGCGCUUAUCGACCGUUAAAUGUAGUGUGAUGGACGAAUUUGAAACUACUCACAAUGACGUCACUCUUACUCAAGAAGAACCAAUUAAUCAAAAGAAACAAAGAGAGUUAGAUGGGAACGUACAUUUUAUGACACAUGCGUAUGUUAUACCCAACCAGUUAGGAAAUGAUUCAGCACAAAUCUCGAUGCAUACCUCGAUGGUUAGUGGUACUAGUGGUGGUAGUAAUAACAAUGGCAGUAAUGCAAAAAUUAAAACUAAAGGAGCACUGAAAGGAUAUGACAAUUUCAAAGUAUCAAUACCAAUGUCGGGCUUAACCGUGAUGUCAGCUAACGCAACAAACAACUGUAUCAGUAUUGGCAAAGAGUCACGCUUGGAUACUCUAGCCGAUGUUGCGUUGUGUGGUGACAUCCCCAAAGAAUUUGGCAUUGUAGAACAAAGCGAAGAAAUCAUCUCUACUUCAGUUAAAGAUAAUGUAAACGCAUGCCCUGAAGCGCGUCUUAGGUUUCCCCUGAUUAAAACGGUUUCAAUGACAAACGAUCAAGCACAUGCAUCAUCUCCGAGAUUAUUAGAACCGAUUAAAACCGAACGCAAUAUUGAAAUGAAAAUUAACAAAAUCACAGCAAGGCGUACAGGCAUUAGUAUGUCAAAAUCUGUGAAAUUAAAUAAGACUGGCUUUUUAAAGAACCGGGAAUACACUAUAAAAUCGGCAAAAAAACCUUCCUCCAGAUGGGCUACAGGGCCAUAUCGAAGAAGAAUGUAUAAAAAUAAUCCUCCUCUCAACACAGUUGCCGAUGAUGAAGAAGAUGUGUAUGCUUUUCAAGACUCUCCAUGUGACGGCGUUUUACCUUCGUCCUACUCAUCUAAGAAAAUUAUUACAUCCAUACAGAAUCAAAAUUUGAUGAAAAAGGAAGAGGGAUCUAAGCUAAACCUAAAGCACAAUUCAUCUACUAUUCAAGCACCAACGUUGGAAGAUCACGAAGAUAGUCAGAUGUCAAGUUUGAGUUUUUCUGAUCGUGAUGAUUUUGUCUAUGGUACAAAUACGAUGAGUGAAGAAGAAGAAGAAGAAAAAGAAGAAGAAGAAGAGGACGAUAAAAACAGUAGCAUCAGUAGUAGUGAACAAACCACGCCUAAAAAAUUAACAACUGCUGAUGUUCAAAAAAAAAGUCUUAUUAUGGGUCGUAUCUUUAAAAAGGGUGGAGCAAAAGAUAAGCUUGUAAGUGAUUCAGGGGUGAGAAAAAAAUCAACCAGCGUUCCAGAAAAUAUUGUAAUCGAGCCGGCAAAGGAUGCAGGAACAGCAGCAAACAGUUCAAAAUCGUCAUCAACAGUCAAGUCCCCAGCAAAAGACUUUGAUAAGCUAUUUGACACAUUAAAAAAUGCAGCUGAUCCAUCAUGUCAACAUAACAGUAAUGAAUCCGCUAGCGAAUAUGAUAAUCUGCCCAAAGAUUCGUUUUGUGCGGAAUUAUUUGAAACUUCUGAUAAUAAUAUCGAGGUCAAAGUAUCCAAACAAGAUGUUAAUACACGGCAGCAGUAUCGCGUGGUGCAACACAAGCACGAAUCGAAAAAAUACGGACCAGAUAGAUUACGUCGCCAAAGAGCAGCUCAUCAAAAAAAUCUAACGGAAACGUGGGAUUCUGAGGAGUUUGAAGACUUUCAAACUGAUGACAUCAUAAAAUUAAUCAACAUAACUGAAGAUAAUGAAGUAAAUGAUCAUAUAUCAUCUAAGAUAAAGGGUCCUGUUUCUCGGUUAGCCGAAGAAGCCAUCGUUACUCAGUCAUCACUUAUAAGGGACAUAUGUCAAAAUGAAAGGCAGCUGCGAAAUACAGAAAACAUCUCCGAAAAGCAUAGUGGUUUGAAACGGGGAAUGCAAUCCCUCAAUGAAAAAAAAACUUCCAAAUUAGACACUGCGGUUACGGAUGACACUAUUCGGAAGGUUAUGGAAAGUGUCAUAUUAGAAACAAUGGGUAAAAGUUGUAAUAUAACCAAACGAAAGCCCAUUGUAGCCAUUGGCACGACUCACAGUAUAGAGUUGAAUAAUAAGCCACUUCAACUCACAUGUAAUAAUGAUAACAGUGUCCAUAACUGUCAAACGCCAAACGUGUCUACAGAAGAUGUUUCAUUAGCCUUAGAAUUAACAUCUCUAGAAGAGCAUACUUUAGAAUCCAGCGUAGUAAUAUCUUCAAAAACGAUAACAAGCAAGUUCAAGCAAAAACUAAAUUCAUCAUUGCAUCAUAAUCCAAGAGAAUCUGAACCGCAAAUUUCAUCUGGUGAGAAGGAUAAAGAACACAAUUCAAUAGAGCUAAACCACCUGAUAAACGAAUCGUAUUAUACAGCUGAUGCUCUCCACGAUUCAAACAUCAAAUCACUCACUGUAAAUAAUAAUAAUAACAAUAAUAACACCAAUAACAAUAAUGAUAGCAAAGGUAAUAAACUAGCUUCAAAAACACUGAAAGUAAAUAAGAGUAAGAGAAAACCAAAAACUACACAAAAAGAGAGCAUCAGUAAAAUUUCUUCGAUGUCAGCUGGAAAACAACGCAAAGCCACUCAAAAAAAAAUGAAAAACAUUGCUUACGACCCGGAUAGUGACUAUGAGCAGAGCAUCAAGUGUAAAAAGGUAAAAAGUAAAUUAUUGGAAAAUGAUAUUGAAGCUAACUUGAAAAUAGAACAGCUUCAAUCAACGUUGUUCAAUUCUGAUGAUAAUGGCAUUUUGUUAACGACGUCUCGCCGUAAGCGAAAUGCUGGAGAUAUGUUGUACUAUUGGUCAUCUAGCAGCGACGAAGAGUUACAUGUAGAAGGAAAAAAUCUUGUUGGUGGAGCGAAAGAAUAUGACGACAUUAAAAAAAAAUAUGGUCGUCGUCGAUAUUGUAAAUCUGUGACCACUAAUUCUUCGUUAGGGAACAAACGUGGUCGUAAAAAGAAACGAUGUGAAAGCUCAAAAUCAAUAUCGAAUGUAGGUAAUGCCAGUGAUGAUGCUACUAGCGCCCAAAAUGAUGAAACUGUAUUGAAAAAAAUGCAGGUAAGCUCGUCAAGCAAAGAAAUGCGUUCUUUGACCACUGUUGAAAGAUCAAAGCCAUUAACAUUAAUGUCAGCAAGCAAGACAGGCUGCAAAAAGCAGCUACUUACAAAAGUUGAAAAUGACAACUCAUUGUUAGUACAGAAAAUUCCUAUGCAAAUAGUAGAAGAAACAUCUACUACCAGCAACGAACAAUUGCAGCAGCAUGGUUGGAUAAUGGGCGAUUCACAUAAGAAGCUCGUAACGAUGUUGGCACAUGCUAAAGGAAAACAUGAUAGUCGAAAAUUCACGAACAAUCGUAAAAAGUAAAAGAAAAAAAUUGAUAGCUAAUUAGAGAAGUAUAGUAUAGUAAGUAUGUCCUCAUAUGUUCAGUUACGUAUUAUACACUGCAGUUUGACUCACGGUAGAGUAGACAUAAUGUGUGAUAGUAACAAUGUUUUGAUGUUUAUCAACAUGUCAAUGACUGUCUAAAUCAAAAUAUAAAAGAUGCAUUAAUGAUCAGAAGUUAUUAUAAAGCCAAGAAUCUUUUACAGUAGCAUGCAAAAAUAUACGUUGAAGAACGAUUUUAAUAGUUUCUUCUCCUCACCAAUAUCGGAUUACUCACGGAUUAAAUAACCGAGACGUAAUAUAUGACUAUGAUUUCGAAUGUUAGUAAAUGGUAUCAUGAAAAAGCAAAAUGUAUUAUGUAUACUAAAAUGAACUAUUAAUUUUACUUCGAAUAAAGCAACACUGUAUAUUCUUAGGUAUUAAGUCCUACUUAAUCGAGCAUAAGUCGCACAUAAUAAUUUUACACACAUUUCUGCGAUAACAAAAUUUAUGUUUGCUAGUUUUGAAAAAAUCACAACAAAGAUAAAAAAUGGUAGAUGCGAAAGAAAUAGAAAUUACAGCAUAACAGAAUCAAUAUUCUGACAAAGCAUGCGUGUAAAAUUGAGAUGUACACACAAAAGAUUUAUAAAGCAUUUUGUUUUAAAUAAAAUUAACAAUACUGCAAUAUUUCCUUCAUUUCCGUUAAGGUAUACAUGAUAUGGUGAAGCAUUUAAAAAAUAUUGCAUACCAUUCGAGUAAUAACACAGUAUAUUCCAAAUGUAUCGAAUGUGACAUGUGUAGCAUUGUACAGUACUUUUUAAAGAUAAUACAAUCUAAACGUAACACACAACAAAAUAUGCAAUAAUCAUAAACUCCAUCAUGUAUAUUAAAUCUGUACUCAUGCCCGUUGUAUGAGCUUUGGCUAGGAAAAUUAAUGUGCAAAACAGAUACGUAUUUAUUAGUUUAAGUAAAUGAAACAGGAAUCUUGUAAAAUUUUGUAAGACGUGGAUUUGAUUUUGAGCCUGGAAAAAAAUGUAUGUACUUAUUCUUGUUUGAUGAUUUAUUCAUUUUAUUAUAUUGCAUUUGUUGUAGCUAAUUCUUCAACCAGGCGAAUGAUGUUAUGAUUCAUUUUUAUUUGUUUGAUACAUAUUAUGGAUUACAAUUAAUGGCAAAAAAUUACUUUCACACGAAAUAUAUACGUUUGGUUAUACCGUGUUGAAUGUACAUCGGAUAUGAGGUAUUUGGUUUGAUUCUUCUAGUUUGUAAUCACAGUAUUGUGAGGAUUUAAUGUUGAACCGAAACUAAUAAACAAACACAAACAUUUUAUGUAAAGAUAACAUCGUAUAAAAUAUUUCACUAAUGUAGCACUUGCAAAAAAUCACUAUGUAUAGUUGAGCAUUAGUAUACUUGUAGAAAAAUUAAUGUAUCUUAAAUAAUGUUAUAUGCAAUGACGAAUGAUCUCAAUGAAGGCAAGUAAUAUGGACUAAUCAGACGCAAGAGAUAUGUGACGUAUCACUGUAACAUUUUAAACCAUUUGUGUGGCAAACAUGGGCAGCAUUUGCGUAUAACUAAUCUUACAAGUAGUAAGUCACGUGCUUUAGGUGGAGGUACACUAAAAGGCAUAAAUCAAUAUUUUAUGUAUAAAAUAAUGUUAUAAAAUCAAUAAACAUUAGUAAAUCGGAAUCUGUAGUUUCAACCAAGAAAUAAGAGUAUAAAUAUUUUUUUUACAAAACAUCAAUAUAUAAAAUAGAAAGAAUGAAACAUACAAAGGAUGGAUGAAUUGUGAAUCUGUGUCUAAUUAACAUUAAAUUGUCUUUGUAGAACAAAAACGAACAGCAUAGUAAUUGAAAAAUGCAAAAAUCCUCUCAGAACUAUAUUUUACGACUGCCAUAGAAGUUUAGUUCAUAAGGCGUUAUUCUAAAAGUACAAGUGAAGAUUAGGAUGGUGCUGGUUAAGGGCAGAGUCUUCACGACUAAACAGAAGCUACAAUUAGUGCUUACAAUUAUGCUUCUAUUGUUUAAUGUACACAAUCAUACAUAAAUAAGUGACAUCCUCAUCAUAUAAUCGCAUGGAUAUUAUUCUUAUCCCAAUUGAAUAGUAAACGAUGCCUCUAUGCUAAGUAUUA